UGUUCAUGUGAUAGCUGAGAGUAGUGAAAAGUGUCCAACCUCUUUUGAGUGUGGGAAACUUGGCACCAUCAUGUUCCCUUUCACUGACUCAAAACGGCCUCACUGUGGCGUAUUGGCCAUACACGGCUGCCAUGAUAACAAUAAUCCAAACGGCCAGCAAGUCAUAGUAUUAAACAACAAACCAAAUGGAAGGUUUCUUGUUUUAUACAUUGACUUUCAUACCAUAACCAUAACCGAUUUGCCUCUACGUACCUCUUUGAAAUCCCAAUCGCAGACGCAGCGUUGUAAAGCCUUCAGCAACAAUUUGAGUCUGCCUCUCAUGCCCAGCUCCCCCUUCGGUUAUUCAUACGCCAAAUUCAAUAAAACACUAUUCACAUGUCCUUCCAAUAACCUCACCCUUCCUCCCGGAUUUUAUAACUAUAACAACUGCUCUAACUACCACAUCUACUAUGAUGGCUUUCAAAGUCUCGGAGAUUCUCCUGACUUACGGUGGCCAGGCCCUUUAGCAGCAUGUUCCAAGAUUAAUUUUGCAUUAAAAGCCGAAUCAAAUGAUAGAGACCCCUUCUCAUUUCUGUCUGAUGAGAUCGUGUUGGAAGUAGAAUUAUCCAGUGAUUGUAGAAACUGUAUUCGUCACAGAAGAGGACACUGUCAACUUGACUCCCAAGGAAACUUCCUUUGCGUCACAGACGCAGGUCAUAUUAGUUGGAUCGUGAAGAUGGGACUGGGACUGGUUGCUACAGUUCUAGUGCUAGUAGUAAUGGCCACGCUCUACUGCACAACAUGGAAGAAGGAAAAUCCUAAACAAAUGCUGGUGGUUGAUGCCUUUUUGGAGAAACAAAUAAGGAGAUAUACUUAUUCAGAGAUGAAGAAGGUGACCAACUCUUUCAGAGACAAACUAGGCCAAGGAGGAUUUGGCAGUGUAUACAAAGGACAAUUGCAGGACGGACGCCAUGUUGCAGUGAAGAUCCUAAGUGAACUGAAAGGUGAUGGUGAAGAUUUCUUCAAUGAAGUUGCGAGUAUGAGCAGAACUUCUCAUGUUAACAUUGUUGCUCUUCUUGGCUUCUGCUUUCAAGGUUCCAAACGAGCUUUGGUUUAUGAAUUUAUGCCCAAUGGGUCGCUUGAGAAGUUAAUCUAUGAAGAAAAUACUGUGAUAGGGGAUCACCAAUUGGAUUGUCAAACUUUAUAUGAUAUUGCAAUUGGUGUUGCUCGAGGGCUUGAGUAUUUGCACACGGGCUGCAAUACAAGAAUCUUGCAUUUUGACAUAAAGCCCCAUAACAUUCUCUUAGAUGAAAAUUUUUGUCCCAAAAUUUCAGAUUUUGGACUUGCAAAAGUUUGCACUAGAAAAGAAAGUAUUGUAUCAAUAUUUGGUGCUAGAGGAACUGCAGGCUAUAUUGCUCCAGAAGUAUUUUCUAAGAAUUUUGGUGCAGUAUCUCACAAGUCAGAUGUUUAUAGUUAUGGAAUGAUGGUUUUAGAAAUGGUUGGACGAAGGAGGAAUAUCAAAGUUGAAGUUGACGCAUCUAGUGAGUUAUAUUUCCCUCAUUGGAUAUAUAAUCGCCUUGUGUCAAAUCAAGAACUUGGUUUGCGAAGUAUAAGAAAUGAGUGGGAAAAUGAGAUGGUAAGAAAGAUGACAAUAGUGAGCUUAUGGUGCAUUCAAACCAACCCUUCAAGUCGACCAUCAAUUAGUAAAGUGGUGGAAAUGCUGGAAGGAAGAGCUGAGUUGUUGCAAGUGCCCCCUAAACCAUUUUGGUUUUCUCCUUCAACAUCUCCCUGAAUUUUGAAAAUACUGUAGUUUUAUGUGUUGCAGGCUUGUUGCAAUAUAUUGCUUUAUUUAUUGUCAUAUGUAACGUCCUUUUUCUUCUUAUAUAGUAAUUGCCUGGGA